AUGCCGGCUGCAAUCCUGGAAGAGGACCUGUUAAUACCGCGCUCGAACGACGAGAAUUCGUGGGCAGAAUACGAGCUUUCCUCUGUCCAAGUCCACGCGUCCGCGUCCGCGUCCGACUCGGAAUGGACCAAUACACCCGUCAGCCUGCUCCACGCCAGCAUCGGCAACCCACUCACUGUUACCGGCCAACUAGAACCGCUCGAUCCAUCUGAUGCGGAUCUUCUCGUUCCUGGCGUGAAACUUUCAAACAAACGAAUCAACCUCGAACUGAACGAUGUCUGUACUUUUUCAUAUGGAGAGCUGGGCGAUGGCAGUGUCGCAGUCUGGGCAGGCGGCAAGUCCGGAUGGUUCAAAAUUAGGCCGGGUCGUGCCUAUCGACAUGUGUACCAGGAAAUUCAGGAAGCAGUGAAGCUCUUGUACUUCGUAGCUGAUAGCUACAAGGAGACGCGGAAGGAAAAGGGCGUUGGGAGAGGGAAGAAAGCACUCAUGCUACCACCGUAUUCUGCGUUGGAGUUGGCUCAGAAGUACGCAUUGGAGUUCCUAGGGACAAAUGACGCAGACGACGCCUUCGACAAGUUUGCGGAGCACAAAGAGUUUUUGAUUGGAUCCAUGUUGGCCGGGAAAGAGGGAUUACAAUGGUCAACAUAUCCGCUGUGGGCCGACAUGCAGGGCAAGUUUCCAGAAGUCUUCAAGGAGCUGGAAAGGAGGCUAAGAGCGAAGCCUCCGAAGUCAAAAGCCAAGAAACCGGCAGCGACAGACACCUCAUCCACAACGAAAAGCUCACAGCCAAAGCCAGCAAGGCCGAGAAAGGAGGCUAAGGGCUCCGCAGCCAGUUCAUCCGCCGCGAUCAGCUCCAAGAAGCAGGGUAGGCCAAGGAAGAACGCCGGUGCUGUUGACGUAAUUACCCUCUCCGACAGCGAAAGCAGUGAGGAAGUCACAGACACUCUCGUGCAAGCCGCAUCCGACGAGCCCAAAGAGUCUCCUCAAGCAAACCCGAAACAAAAAUUCAGAAGAACACGGAAUAACGACAUUGAAACAACACCUUCACUAGCAAUUGCCACGCCCGCCAAAGACGACGACGACAGUGACGAUGAAGCACAAAUGAGAAAUAAAUCAUCACUCAGACCUCGUGCCAGCAAAGGCAACAAAGGCGGGAAAGGCCGACCCCGCGAGGCAGAAGACGUGCAAAGUCCUGCGUCUUCACCCACACAAGCAGGAGACAAGAGAAAACACAUUCAAGAAGAUUCACGUCGCCCACAUAAAAGACGCUCUAGCGACUCGCCGGAAGUUGAAGAUGAAGAUGGCGAGGAAAAUGCCGAGGAUGAAGGAAUUGAUAUUCCUACUUCGCCAACCGAAUCGCAAAACCACGUACCGGAUAACCCAGAUUCUGUACAAGAAAAUACCUGGAUAUGUGCUCUCGCCGGUUGUACACAUAAAGUCUAUCUCUCUCACCUGCCAGCAAGUCAGAAGCUUAUACGAGAGCACUACGCUUUGCAUGCAUACGAUGAUGACGAGCGGGUGCAGAUGGUCAAGAGAUUAGCGCAGCCUUCUCUGCCGAUUGGACAUUUGAUGGAGAAGGUCCGAGGGCAGGCGCGGAUGGAUGGAUUUCCGGAUAGCACUGUAGCUGUGAGUCGWUUUGGAGAUGGCGUCACGCAGAAAUACUGA